AUGCCAAAUGUUGGUAUAAGAUUGGUCUUAUUUAUCCUGUGAGCACUGGUGAGAUAAAGAUGUCAACAAUUUUUCUCACAGCAAAUCCACGUGUAGAGGAGGAUAUACUGCUAACGUUUCACACUGCAGCCAAAGCAACAGCAAGUGUGAAUGACAAAUGUAUAGAAUCCGACUAAAUAGGCAAUUAAUUUCCUUCUGAUUGUAAACAGAAAGAUUGGCAGCUUAUCUCGAAAAUGUGAUUAUUACACCUUCACCAAGCAUAAUUUUCUCGGUUGUACUAAAUUAUCAUAUAAUAGUCGACAUCAUGAUAGUAUGAGUGAACGUUUUUCAAAUAGUUCCAUAGAAUAGCUUUCUAUCUAUUGUCCCUGAAUCAGUGCAGUGAUUAUACAGUGACUUAUCCAAUUAAUUAUGAUGAGAUUUAUGUUUAAAUACGACUUCUUAAACUCCAUAGACUAUGACAUGACUAUGACAAGGUUAUGACAUGUCCUUGACGUUGUUGUGACAUGAUUAAGUUGUGACAUGUUUAUUUCAUAGUAAUGUUGUUGGGACUUUACUCCUUCACUGAAAAAGAAAACUGUCCCUGGUAGCUGAUUUGUACCUCCUUAAUAUUAUAACAUCUUUCAGUGAUAGCAAUAAGGUAAGAUAUCACCAUGCCGUCAAUGGAGGAUUCCUUGUUUCAACUUAAGUUCUGUGCAAAACAACUAGAACGGGAGUCUAAAAGAAGCGAAAAAGAGCACAAUCAGAACAAAGCAAAGAUCAAAAAAGCUCUUCAGCAAGGCAAUGUUGAUGGUGCCAGGAUAUAUAGUGAAAAUGCUAUCAGAAAGAGGAGUGAGUCGUUAAACUAUCUAAGAAUGUCUGCGAGAGUAGAUGGUGUUGCAUCCAGAAUUAAAACAGCCAUGGCAAUGAAGCAGAUGUCUAAAGAUAUGGGACAUGUUGUCAAAGGGUUAGACAAAGCCAUGGCCUCAAUGGACCUUCAAAAGGUACAAGAAAUAAUGGAUAAGUUUGAAAGUCAAACAGAGAACUUAGAUGUUGCAGCUAAUGCCAUGGAUCAGAGCAUGGGCAAUGCCACAACACUCUCUACUCCUGCAGAUCAGGUUGAUUCCCUCAUACAACAAGUUGCUGAUGAGCAUGGUCUAGAAAUGACAAGCAUGCUGUCUGACGCAGCAACAGCACCAACUGACUCAAUUGGUGUGGCUUCUAGCUCUACUAGUGUCAGCAACCAGCAAGAAGAUGCACUGACUCGCCGAUUGGCACAGCUCAGAAACUGAGAUGGCACUUGAUUGAUGACAGACUAAGAUUUUAGUUUUAUGUACAGAUUAUUGGUUUUCGGAUACGAAGUUGUAGAUCCUUAUAGAUUAAUUGAUUGAUCGAUUUUAGUAGGUAUACGGUAUAAUUAUCAAUUAUCGUUCUCAUGAUAGUAUGGUACUGAGUGGAAGAUCUGUUUCUCAGACAAUUAUCUUUAGAGCCUUUUUUAUUGUCCUAAAAGAUCUAUUGCCAAAGUGAAUUUGUAAAUUUGUUUACAGUCUUAAAAGCAAUGCUCGUUGAUAGUUUUUAGCAGAAUAAGACAAUAAUAUCUUCUUGAAACAUCUUCUAGAUUUUUUUCUCUUAGUGCAAGAGAUAUAUUAUUGUUUAUUCCAAUUACUCAAUAAAUAAAUUUUCAGAAAAUCUAUUCAUUCGAUUUGGAAUUAUGAAGUUGGUCUUAGACUGUAAAAGUGUCAUAUCUUUCAAUGGUAUUCUAAACUUUAUUGGAAAUGUUUUUUAAUAAUAUUAAACCUUGUGAAUCAAUGAUGUUACUAAGGUUAUGGUCAUCAGAUGACAUUUAACAAUUUGUGGGGAAGGGUUUUUUUACACGGCAUGCAAGGAAUUAUUUCUAAGAGUAUUUAAUUUGUUCAUCCUUCUAUAAUUUAAGGAUUUGUUGAACCUUUGAGGUAAGUUAUGUAAGUUUUGUAAACAAUUUUGUUUUAUUUACAUAAAAUGUUGAACGAAGACUUAAAUAAUGCGUUGAUCAAAUAAGUCAAUAAGAUAUUCAUUGCAAUAAGUGUAUCAUUCGAUCGAAACAAAGUAAACUAAAUAUUCAGCCCAACAGCCAACUAAAAGUUUCGUGUAUGAUAUUAUACAUUAUACAAUAAUCAGGAUAGUGACUUGAUCUUACUAGUUAAUUAAUAAAUUAGUUGACCCUUUUUUAAUAUAAGAAACACAAUGACAUUCUUUCCUAAUUUCAGAUGGCAAAAGAACAAAGGGAUUUCGAUUGUAAGAGGCCAUAAUAUGUUGUAAUCAAUCUAAAAUUAUUGAACAGUUAAGAACGGUAAAUAUUCUUCGCAUUUAUGUUAUAUCCUUUCGAAGAUCAUCAUUCCCAGAUUUUGGCUAGAAAUUUAUAGACCACACCCCAAAUCAAAUUACGUUUUUGUUAUCUUUCAACGAGAUAUUACAUAAUUUAAUAUUAUACUUAGACAUUUCAUAACUUACAGUUU